AUGUGUCUGUUUACCUAUCUCCUAUGCGGACUCUCUUUGCUGACUUUGUACACCGCUGAAGGUGUUGGGUUGAGAUGUUUACGUUGUGAUGACGUCUUAGAGCCUCGUUUUUGUGAGCGAAUAGAGUACUGCCAAAACGGUGACGUGUGUGGAGUUCAGAGGUACAGGAAAGAGAACGGAGAUACGUCUUUCUGGACUGGUUGUAUACAGCAGUCGAGUUGUCCAAACGUCACCAACAGAACGAUUGUACAGACAAACAAACGGAAGAUUCAUGGAUCAGUUUUGUGUCAGGAGUGUUGCCAUGGUGAUUUAUGUAACGCAGAAGGCUGUGGGGCCCCAGCCUAUCCAACUUCUAGAGGGCCGAUCUGUUUUAAUUGUGCUCACACCUUAAAUCCCUCAGACUGCCAUCACGUGACUCUGUGUGGAACCAAUGAGAUGUGUUUUCUUGGUGAGAAACCUGUGUUUGGACAACGUUACUUUACAAGUCACUGUGAAGAUAAACACGCAUGUGAAAAUCAUGUGUCGGCGCCGAUUAUUGUUGGAAGAAAACGAUCUUUUAGGGGCCGUAGGUCGUAUGCACCAUGCUCAGGUUGUUGCAAAGGGGACCUGUGUAAUAUCAACUGUAACGCCACCUUUACUUCUGGUACGAUCAUCAACACAGGACCUACAAACGCACCGGCUCAUUCAACAGAAAUACCAGGUAAUUACGCCUUCUACGCACAUCUUACGUCAUCAACAUCUAACAAUUACGUCAUAUUCAACAACGUUACAACCAAUGAAGGCUUGGCUUACAGCGGGAGCACGGGGAUCUUCACUUGUAAAUACAGUGGACCGUAUGUCUUCUCAUGGACAAUAGCGACCAGUAGUCAUCGCUACACUGAUGCAGAUCUAGUGAUUAACGAUGUCGCUAUCGGUUCCUCCUUCACAGACUCACGAGGGAGCAGCGUUACCGGCGACUCAAGUACGGGGUUUGUAGUGUAUGACCUUAAGUCUGGGGACAAGGUCAGAGUCCAGAUCAAUGGUACGGCUGACGCAAUGUAUUCCACAUUCUCUGGCUUUCGACUCAGUUACAAUGACUCGUACUUCUAUGCUAGAGCCUCUUCCUCCCUAACCAGACCUUCUUCCUCUUCAUAUGGCUUCACUUUCGAUAAUGUAGUCACCAACAACGGGAACGUGUACCAUUCCGGAAACGGCACGUUCGUCUGUCCAGAGACCGGUAUGUAUGCCUUUGCUUUCUCUGUAGAGGCCCAUCGACAGGACUACAUGGUGUACUUUUACCGUAAUGGCGGCAAACGUAAUGAUCUCGGGGUGUGGCCGGAUUCCUCUUCUGGACCGUACGAAGACACGUCUUCUACCUUACAGAUUUUCCCUCUGACCCGCGGAGACAGACUCUACCUUUACCCGUCUGAGAGCAGCACUCUUCAGCCAAAGCAUUCAACAUUUUCUGGAUGGCGCAUUGGGACAAGUAGUUCCCCCUCAGCGUUCAUGGCGAUGGCUCCCUCCUCAACCACCACUUCUCCGCUCUACUUCAGCACAGAAUAUCUGGACACAUCCAGCUUGUUCUACCACACUAGAUUUCAAGCUAACAAAGAUGGCGUCUACUUAUUCUUCUGGAAUUUGGAAGCUGAUAGUAGACACCUUAAGUCCUGGCUGCAAGUCAAUAGUGGAACUGUAGGACAAACGGUAUCUGAUGGACGAAGCGCAGGAUAUGAUAGCGGCUCCAAUCUCGCCAUUUUGCGCCUGCGUAAAAACGACAUCGUCACUGUCAAACAGGAUUCAACAGCUGAUGGAGACCAGACCAUGAUUUCCGGUUAUUUUAUGUUCUCAUAAACCA